AACAAAUAUUUAAAAAAACGAGUUUUUCAACUGCGCAUGCCCAGAUCAUAGGUCAUUCCGAUGAACAUUUUGGCCAGCUCAGCUGCUGCGUGUAUACAGACGUGUGUUUCAACCGUAUUUUCCUCCAGUUUUGCUUCUUCGAGCAUGCCAAAGAGAAAAGGACAUGCAGGAUGGUCAAGGCACAACCGAAAGGCACUUCGAGAUGCAACAAGGAGAAGAAGGGCACAAGAGACACCAUACGAAAGAGCUGAAAAAAAUGAACGUAAAAAAACUGCACGUCUCAGGAAGCAACAAGAAAGAGAGCGAGCCAAAAGGAAUGAAGAUCGCCACGAAAGAGCUCGAAACAGAAACAUGCCAAGAAGAGGGAUAAAACGAAAAGCAGCAUUGUCAAGGAACAAUGCAAAGAGACAUCGAGGUGCAGCAAGGAGCAGAAGGGAACAAGAGAUGCAACAAAAAAGAAUUGAACAUCUCAGGGUUCAACGAGAAAGAUUGCAAAACAGAAGGUAUAAAAAGAGGUUUAUUCUUACUCCCGUGUGUGACCAAAAAGUUGAAAAAUUGUGGGAUACAUCUCUUCUAAUUCAGAAAUCAUUACAGGAAAACAGUAAGGAAAAAAUGAGUGCAACAGUUACAGCAUGCAAGUUGAACAGGAGUAGGAACUCUACUACGAUAGAAGAUGACACCAUCACAGUGGACCUGAUUUCAAACAAUGGUGAGACAGGGUACAGGAAGGAGAUAGUUUCUCCCUCAAGGUCAGCAGAACGAAGGAGCUGCUCAUCAACUUCAGGAAGUGGAGAGAAGAGCAUGCCCAGUACUGAGGUUGAGUUGGUCAGGAGCUUCUUCCCUGCUGUUAUCAGAUUCUUGUACAGUCCUUUUGAUUGGUUAGGGAUGAAUUUCCUGAUCUUACAAUCUUCCAUGUUGCCAUCCUUGCACUUUUUUUAUCUGCACUUUCUCUUUACCUAUAAUAUUACAUUGUGCACUCUGUUUAUUUUCUCUUUUGUACUACCUGAUGAACUUGCGUGUGUUAUGAUUUGACAGGAAAGCAUGCAA